UGAGCCAAGGGCCAGUUUAGUGCAGUGCAGUCUCAGCCCUGUGCAGUUUUUGGAGAAUCGUGGCCAGACUCCGCCUCGAUUCCGCAAGGGAAACAGCCAGAAAACCGUGUCGGGAGUUGGUGGCCGGUUAUGGCGAACAGGAGUUAGGCUUCGAGGAGGAGGAAUGGGGGUUGCGAGUCAUGGUGGGGGAAGCGUGCUCCAGCCUUCUGUUUCGUGGCAGCUCACGCGCCCUUUGGACAUGGCCCAGGCCCAAUCAUGACGACGUGGAUUGGAGCCUUUGUUGGCCUUCGACGCAUCCCUUUUGAUGGCACCCCCACGUGCUGUGGAAUUGGCUCCGGAGGUUGAGUCUAUUCCUUUUGUGGUGCAGAGAUACAUAGAUGAUGAGGUGGGUUUCGAUAGUUUUAUGGGUUGUCGCAAGUUCCGCUAAUAUGCAAUUUUGCAGGAUGAGGCGGAAGUGAUUCUGUCGUAUGAGGGGUGACGGAGGUGCUAAUUCCGGUGGAAUUGACUUAAAUUGGACGAGUUGCACGUCGGUGGGUAAUCGCACUCAUGUGUUCAAGACUCCCUGCUUCGCAUUUGUGGAAUGGUCGCUCGAUCACUCUGAAUGAUGGAGCUGGGGCGGGUGCGUUAUUUGGGCUUCGACACAGCCUCCAGGGUUUUUGAAUCAUUUCGAUCCUGCUCUGACGACAACCUAUUCUGCUCGGGUCCUGCCAUGCUGAGUUGAAUUACCGUGUAGAUUAAACUCUUUGCUGCAGGUACUCGCAGUACGAUGGUUUUUGAAAUUCGAAUAGUUAGUGAACCAGGCGGUCCGCUAGACGUCGUGAUGUCCAACUUUCGUAAGAUCCUAGUGGUCUCCGAGUAUCUGUCUCAUCUCUUGCUUACCUAAAAUGGCUGCAAGUGGGCGUUCCCGAAAUUCCUGAGGUGUGAGAGUCUACAACCUCGUCUCGUAUUAGUGCUGUGUUGAUUAAACUGGGAGUUCACCUCGCCCUUUGAACGACUAGAUGUAGAGGCACCUUUGAACUUGAAUACGAAUUGCCAACAAGAGUCGAGGUCAAGGCGGUGCCACGAGAACGAACCACCGCGAUGACAUGGAAAAUAAAGAUCAUGGGUGUGCGAGACGUUGCAUUGCUGUUCACUGUGGCAAUCCUUGCUUAUCUGAUAGGAGUUCUCACAUCUCCGGCAUUCUCCCUUUCUUCUACAAGUAAAACCGCGCCGUAUAUAGACUCGAACACUCAACAAAUUUCGGCUUCUGCCACACAUUCGUCACUCCGAAGUUCCCCACAACUAUCUCCACCUCCACAGCCACUACGACAACAAACACAGAAAAGCGAUGACUGCAAGAACCAGCCACCACCUGGUUACGGGAUUCUUCCCACAGACCUCAUCACAUUUAACCAUGAGUGCAAAACUGAGGCAAUGCCUCCGGAGACAAUACGAGAAUUUCUCAUCAAUGAGCUAUUCGACGGCCUGUCGCCUUAUGACCUCUUCCCACCCAAGCAUGUGGAGGCUCUUCUGCGGCCGGAGCAAAUCAGAGGGUGGGGCUCCAACGGGACCGUGUUUCGGCGUCUCAUGGAAGAAGUGAAGCCCAGGUCUGUGAUAGAGCUGGGAAGUUUUCUCGGCGCUUCGGCAAUACAUUUAGGCACCAUUGCCAAGGAACUAGGAUUGCAGACCGACAUUUUCUGUUUCGACGAUUUCCGUGGGUGGCCUGGGUUUCGGAGGGGUAAAUUCGCUGACAUCAAGCAGCAGAAUGGGGAUGCCAUGCUCAUGAACCAGUUCAUACAGAAUGUAGUUAGUAGAAACUUGGCGGGGUCCACUCUACCAGUACCUUUUGCUACUGUUGCGUCGCUGACGAGCUUCUGUAAAUGGGGAAUUUAUGCCGAUUUGAUUGAAGUUGACGCUUCUCACGACUUCCAUUCUGCGUGGUCAGAUAUCAAUAUUGCCUACAGGUUGCUGCGGCCGGGCGGUGUGAUGUUCGGCCACGACUACUUUACGGCGGCAGAUAAACGAGGAGUUCGGCGAGCUGUGGAUCUGUUUGCGAGGCUGAACAAUCUACGAGUGGAGCCAGACGGACAGCAUUGGAUAUAUAGAAGACCUAAUUAAAGAAUAGUAGUUCGAGUGCGUGCUUUCCAUCAGGUUCGAAAUUUGAGCUGAUUCAAGGUCGAUAAACCUCGCCAUUGCUGGUAGAAGAUCUCAUAUGAUUUGUGUUUCUACAGUAUCAAUCAAACAGACGCAACUCCCUCAGGUGUGCCACUUUAAAACAUCAGUCUAGGCAAGUAGAAAUGAAUUUGAAAACAUGAAGGUGAUUCUGAAAUGGAGCCAAGCUGUAUAAAUAAAAUCUGAGUAUGGUUGAUUGAAUGAA